CUGACACCUGACAGUAGGACAGCAGUGUCAAGGAAUUUAUAUAUUACUACUGGCAAGAUAAAAUCUUUCUUUCAAUCCGAUUUGCUUGCGACUACGGAGUAUUUCAGAGUAAUCUCUGUAUUGAAAUUCCACAAUGGUUGCCGCUAAGAAACAGAAAAAGACUAUCGAGUCUAUAAACUCCAGAUUGGCUCUGGUAAUGAAAUCUGGCAAAUACUGUUUGGGAUACAAGCAGACUCUCAAAACCCUGCGCCAGGGCAAGGCUAAGCUGGUUAUCAUUGCCAAAAAUGCACCACCACUAAGGAAAUCUGAAAUAGAGUACUAUGCACUGUUAGCAAAAACAGGAGUACAUCACUACAGUGGCAACAACAUUGAGUUGGGCACAGCUUGCGGAAGGUACUACAGGGUGUGCACAUUAGCCAUCACAGACCCUGGAGACUCUGACAUCAUUACAACCUUGCCAGAGGCGACAGCUUAGAUUAUUAAACUAGGUGUAUUUUAAAAAAA